UUGGCCAUCUCUAAAAAAAAAGUGGUGCAAAAAGUUGGUUUAAAUGUUGUUGCCACGGCCAAACUGACGAUGCGCCGCGUCCGCUGAGCCUCGUGUCCGCACCCGUGAGAUCCGUGACCCCCAGAUCCGUGCUCUGGUCACCCCCGGAUAGCCCGGAAAACCCAUAUAGACCCCAACAUCCGACUGCUUUCGAUUCGUUUUCAAUUGGUUUGCAUUGGCAGAGAAGCAGAGAAGAGCAAACAAACAAACAAACAGACAGGCGCAUCGGAGAUACCAACUGGAAAAUAGGAUAAACACAAGGUGCCAAGUCAUAUAUCCUCUGGCCCGAUUUGGAUACGGAUCGGCGGGCCAUGUCGCAGGUGCUCAGCCCCCGCAAACAGGGCGUGGCGGAGGCGGAGGGGCUGGACUACGCGAACGGCGGCGCGAUCAUUGAGUUCCUGGCCAAGGAGCAGGACUGCGGCGGCGGUGUACUGACGGAUCCGGAUCCGGAGUCCAUUUUCCAGGAGGUGAGUCGCCUGUCCGACAGCACGGACAUGCGAUCCGUGGACGAAUUGCUGCAGGAAGCCGAGCGCCUGAUCCAACAGCAGCUGCGUCUGGGCGGGCUCGCCACGGAUAUGGAGAGUUCUAGGUCUGCUGGAUCGCUGAAAUCCCUCGCCGAAGAGGCAGCUGCUCCCGCAGGUGAUGGCUCCUCCUCGUCACCGCAAUCCUCGCCGCACAGCAGCAUCCGGCUGAACACACGCUACACCCAUCGCAUCGAGCAUUUGCCCUCAGCUCCCUUGCCGCCAAAAACCGCCGGAAUUAAUGGCAAAGUCCGGCCCAGAUCCGGUUCCAAAUCCUCGGCCUCGCCCACAUCCGUGCAGACGCCAUUGGACAGCAAUAAUGGUUGUGGCUUCGCCGCCUUUGUGGACAACCUGCCCUCAGAGUCGGUCAUUUCCGAGGAGUCCACGCCCAAGGACAUGGACAUGGAGAUCCAUACGGCCAUGGCGCAGCUGCAGCUGCAACUCCAGGAUAACACCGAUGACGACGAGGAUACGAUGGAGGAGAUCACCGAGGCGGAGGCUGACGCGCCAGCUCAUCCAUCUGGCCAUUCGGUUAGGAGUUCACCUGGCAGACAGUCAAGGGUUCACUCCUACAGCCAGCCCAUCAGGCCGAUGGCCAGCUACUGCGAGAAGGCAGUGGGCAGCUCACCCAAGCAUCUGGUCAGCACUUUGAGCUCGCCCAUCGAGCAGAUCGCCUGCAGUGUGUCCCGGGAGCAUGCGCUCAAGCUGGAGAUCGAGCAGCUGCAGGAGCGGCUUAAGGACACCGAGGAGCGGCUGGCCUCGGUGCGCCUGCAGAGCGACUCGCUGUCGCAGACGCAACGUGCCCUCCGGGAGCACAAUGGCCGGCUGCAGGAGGAGUCCGAGAUGCUCAAGCUGGACGUGCAGCAUCUCAAUGAGUGUGCCAAUGUCCUGCGGGCGGAACUGCAGGCGGCGCGCAGGGAUCGCAGUGAGGCGCUCCAGCUGCAGCGCUCCCUGCGCGAGGAACUCGAGGAGGCGCACCAGGAGCGGCGGCGCACUGGCGAGGGCAAGGAGAAGGACGCCCGCGUCAUCCAAGACCUGCAGCGCCAGUGUCGCGAGAUGGAGCGGAUACUCAUGCGCAAGCAUCCGGACUCGGUGUCCGCCCUGAUAGUGGCUUCCAAGAGUCCGGGGAUGUGUCCGCUAAACGACCAGGAGAACGUGAACAGCCGCAAGCUGCUGGAGCAGCGCAUCGCCCAGCUGGAAUCGGAUGCCAAGGAGCAGGAUCGCAAGGCGCAACAGAUUCUGGCCAAUGUCCAGGCGCGCUUCAACUCGGUGCAGGCCAAAUACGAGACGCACAUUGCGGACCUGGAGACGCAGGUUCUGAGCCUCCAGGAGAUCAACACCAAGCUGAACGAGCAGAUCGAAUCUCAAGUGCGCACACUAGAUCGCUAUAUGCAAAAGCGAGCGGAUAGAUACUACAACAAUUGCACCCAAACGGAGCCAUUGCAGCAUGAUGAACCGGUGGGCAGUGGAGUGAAUCCGGGCGGAGCAUCUACCGUCAGCUCGACCACGAUGGGCACCCAAACCCAGGCGGCGAAUGGAACGCGGGAUCACAGCACCAACACCAUUGGCUGCCCAUCGCCGGCGCUCAUUUGCCAGCAACAGCACCUCCACCAGCCGCAUGUCCACCUCCAUGGUCAUCCACAUGCCCAUGCCCCAUCCGCCAGCAGCAGCACCAGCAGCACGGCCAAUUCCACGCCAAACACGUCGCGUCCGAACUCGAAGCAAAGUGGUGGUCAGCGGCGUUCGCCCCUGGUCACCGCCGGUCCCUCCAAGCUGCCCAUCUCACAGUCGGACUCCACGCUCUCGCUGCUCAGCCAUGGCGGCAUGGGAUCCAAGGAGGAGGCCCAGUUGCUCAGCUCCGUGAGGAGUAUGCGCGUCGAUUUGGCCAUUAAGAACAAGGCAAUGCAGCGACUCACGCGGGAAUUGGACGAAUGCAAGAAGACCAUACGGAAGCUGCAGCGGGACAGGGAGGGUAGUGGCUCUACCAGCCAGGCAGGUAGUAAACUGGAUCUUAGGUCCCAGGCAAGCGGAGGAUCCCUGCAGAGGCGCUCCAGUGGCUACGAUCAUCAUCACCACAGUGACCACAUUCCGGCGGCCACCGAAAGUCAGGCUCUGAAGGAGGCCCAAAACAAGUACCGUCUGCUGGAGGCCGACUAUAAAACGCUUCAUGACAAGCGGCUGCAGGAUCUGAAGACUCUGCAGAGUGCCCAUGAAAGGGAACUGGCCUCCUGCAACGAGACAGUGCGAAUCCUGCAGCAGCGCCUCAAUGAGCGGGAGGAGGCCCUGACCACCCAGAAGCGGCGCAAAGUGCCCGUGGACUACUAUGCGCUGAAGGCCAAGGUAUCCCUUUUGGAGAGGAGACAUUCGGAGCGGGAGGAACGACUUCAUAUGCUGGUAGAGGCCCUCAGCAAGGGACGGCUCAACGGUGCUCUCGAGGAUCUGAUGCAGGAGAACAACAACAAGUAGUGGAGUUCGAAGGGUUUAGGUUACUAUAUAAGACACAUUGCCAUGUUCAAUGCCAGCCAAUUCGACUAGAGUCCGUCUAAGCAGAAUAACAUCCAAUGAUAAAUGAUAAAAACAAUUUUAGCCAGAACAACAAACAGGGGUUGGAAACUGGGUGUCCCGUGUCUUGCUGCCGGGUUGGAUUGUGGCUCCAAAAAUGAAACUCUAACUGACGCUUCUGCGAUUUUCUCAAACCAAAUUCAAAUGUGUUCAAAAUGGAAACAAUAAGUAUAGCGACAAGUGAUCAGUUAGCCAACAACUUUUAUAUAGGUUUAAGAUCUUUCCGAACAAAAGCCGCAAUCUAAUCUGGCACUCAAGGCCCUUGGUUCACCCAAGGAUAUUUAAAAGGUUAAAGUUAUUGUAGUUCUUAGAGCAGAAAGUAUUUUAAAUAUCAGUGUUUUGAUGUAGAAAUUGAAUGGUUCAAACAAACAAAAACGUUCACACAACUUAGAGAGAGAUAGCGAUAGGGGUGUGAAAGAGAGCGAGACGGUUGCAUCUUGGAAAUGAAAGAGAGAUGUCUUGGCAAAUGAAAGUUGUACUAGAAAUAAGUAUUUUAUGUAUAUAGAAUAUCGAAGUACAGAAAUUCGAAGCGAUCUCAACUUGAAUAUUAUAUAUUUGAUUUAGACAAAGAGUGCUUUAGGGGCACAAUUAAUUUUACCCACGUAACAGUCGAUUUUUUUUACCUAACCCAAUUAUUGUGCGUUUAAGAUAGAAAACUUUGAAAAAGUUAAAAAAGCUAAGAACCAGGGACCGUAAAUAAAAAGUAUUUAUGUUGUUUCCGUAAAGAAAAUCCUCCAAACAUAGUAUAGCUUACCUAUAUAAAUAACAAUUAAAUCAGUCUGCUACGUUUUCGACCACCUAUACAGAAAAAUAAAUAUAUUUCAACAUGCGGGGAUAUACUGGCGGCUCUAUCGGAAGUCAUUCAUUUUCUAUUGAUUUCUCAUAGAGUGGACAGUAUUUCCCAGUGAAUUCUAUUUUUAAGCAAAACAAAGCUCACCCAGUAAUUAUUAUAGAUAACUUUUGUUAAUGUUGAUAUUCUUAUUGGAUAUUUAAGGGAACACUUAACCAUAAUGAUUACCGGGUGAGUUUUCUAAACAAUUACGGUCCCUGCUAAGGACCGAAAAGAAUGUAAUAGAUCUCCCAUAAAUAUUAUAACCCAAGCAGGCGGACAACUAAGACAAAAAACCAAAUAAAAAUUCACAGUAUUCCAA